AGAAAAAUGGAAAAUCAGACCACAGUGACUUACUUUGUGCUCCUUGGAUUUUCAUACAGCCCACCAGUCCAGAGUUGCCUCUUCUUGGUGUUUUUGUUUAUAUAUGUGGUAACCCUAAUGGGAAAUAUUGUGAUUAUGAUGGUAAUAAGGGGCAACAUUCACCUCCACAGCCCCAUGUACUUCUUCCUGGGUCAUCUGUCUUUUCUUGAUGUCUGUUUCUCUUCAGUUACUGUGCCAAGGGUCUUAAUGAAUUUAGUAACAAGCCGGACAAUUUCAUACAGUGGCUGCAUGGUCCAGACGUUUUUUAUCUUUCUCACAGCCUGCACUGAAGCAUUUCUCCUUGCAGCAAUGGCUUAUGACCGAUAUGCUGCCAUAUGUAAGCCUUUGUAUUAUGGACAGAUCAUGAAGGCUGCCUUUUGUAGAGGGCUGGUGGGGGGUGCCUGGGCAGUCGGUUUCAUACAUGGAUUAGUAAAUACACUGCCUGUACUGAAUCUAAUGUUCUGUGGUCAAAACAUUAUCAGACAUUUCAGCUGUGAGCUCCCUUCGUUGCUUGCCUUAUCCUGCUCAGAAACCUUUAUGAAUAGGAUUACAUCUUUCAUUACUACCAGCACUGUGGCAGGUUUCACAUUCUUCAUUAUUCUGGUGUCCUAUAUCCACAUUGUCUCUACAGUGCUGAAGAUGCAAUCAGCAGAAGCUAAACGGAAAACCUUCUCCACCUGCAGCUCCCACCUCAUUGUUGUGGUUUUGUUAUACAGCACUGGCUGCUUUAGGUAUAUAAGGCCUAACUCGGCCUCCUCAGUCAUUGCAGAUGAAUUCUUUUCCGUCCAGUAUAGCAUUUCAACCCCCAUGCUGAACCCCAUUAUCUACAGCCUGAAAACAAGAGAAGUGCAAGAAGCCAUAAAGAAACUGAUGAGGUAUACACCACUGGUUUCUCGUGUUCUCUAA